UGUUUCAGGUCUCGAAGCAAGACUAUUUGGACAUCAAGGAGGCAAGCUGUCGCAAGGAAAACUUGAAUAACGCUCUGAAGGAAAAGUUCCAAAGGGACAAGGAACAACUCCAACAAACCGUCGGAACACUUGAGAGUCAGAUCGCACAUUUGAAGAAUCAGCAUCAGAUCGAGACGGACAAACUUCAGAACGAGAUCCUAACCUUGGAGAAGGACAUUGCUGAAAGUCGUAAUAUCAUCCAGCACGUGGAGCAAGACAAGCAAGAUUUGAAGGCCAUUCACGAGGACCUUGAACUCAAGUUACGGAAGGCGGAGAACGAGAACAAGAUCGAAGUUGAACUGUUGAACAAAACCUUGGAGUCUCUACGAGCAAAAUCGUCCAAUCUCAGUGAUGAGCGAUUCACUUUGCUCUCUAAAGAGCGUCUUCAACUGGAGAAAGAUCUAAGUGAUGCUCUGGUGGAUAACGAAGCCAUGAGAAAAAAGCUUGCAGAGUUAAAUGAGCUCAUCAAGCAAAGAGCCGUCGAUGAAUCUCAUACCAGAGAAUUGCUUAAUUCUGAGCUGGUCAAAACCAAAGGUGAAUUAACACGAUUGGCCAAUUCCCUGGAUUCCAAAGAGAAGGAAUUAAGUCAAGUGAAACGAUCAUUGAAUCAAAGCACCAAUGAAGAGCUCCUAGACAAGCGGAAACAACUUUCCAACUUGGAGAGUGAUAAACUAGACGUUGAUAUGCAGCUGAAAUUCGCUCAGCAAAAGGUCAUCACCUACGAGUCUCAUGUGGAACAUUUGAACGAGAGGAUCAAUCGAUUAGAGGAAGAUUUUGAGUCUGUCAAAGAGGAAAAGAAGGCCAUUUUAGGCAAGUUGAAAAAGAAAGAGGCGGAAAUGGAACAGAUCAAUCUCCAAGUAGUGGAACACCUAAAAUCGCAGCUCAAACUUGAAGCAAGAAAAUUAGAGAAGGAAAGAGAGAAAGUGGAAACCUUGGAGCAAAAGCAAAAAGAUUUGGAGCGAAGUUCUCAAAGGACGCAAAACCAUUUGGAUGAGGUCAAUCGCGAUCUGAAUCACGCUGCCCAAGAGAAGAAAUCUCUGAAGGACGAGAUCAACUCUGUGUACGAAAAAAUUCAUGUUUUGGAAACCAAGUUGGAUGAAGAGAAGAGGAAGUUCUCCCAUUCUAGUACCCAAAUCGCUCAACUUCAGGAUCUCGUCAACGAUCAAAGAUCCAAAACGGAGUCCUCCGAUCGACGCAUAAAACAACUGACCCAAGAGAUCCAAGGGGAAAACGCUAAAAGACGGGAAGUCGAAUUCAAGCUUGAGCAGAACAGAAGUGAAAAUGGCGAGGACAAAACAUCCAACCAAGUUGUUAUUGAGAGCUUAGAAGACGAGAUGGAACUCCUUAAAAAACAGAAUACAAAUUUGGCGAAGAAAUUUGAGGAAGCGAGCAAGAAGUUGGUCACUGUUGACAGUCUCAACAAGAAAGUCAAGCUCGUGAACACGGAGUUGCAAAAGAAGAACAAGCUCAUUGAAGAUUUGGAGGAGAGGCUGGCAAAUAUUCAUGAGCACGAAGCCUCGUCCUACCAAAAAGAGGUGAGGAAGUUCAAGCUCAAAUACGAAAUCAUGGCCCGGAACGAAUUGAACCAGAAAUUGGCCGAAAUCAAUGCAUUCCUCGAGGAUCGAGCCAAAGAGCAAUCCCAAAACGAGAAGACCAAAGAUGAAGUGAUGCAAAACAUUCAGAAAGACCUCGGCGAGAGAUUGACACAAUCCAAAGACGAACUAUCCGGCAUCAAAUCACAGAUGAAAGAAACGGAGAGGGGCAUCAAGCAGCUUCAAAGCCAGUUGCAUCAGAGGGAACAAGAGCUCCUUUUGGAACGGUCGUUGCGGAAGCAAUUGGAAAAGCAGCUCGGAAGCCCAAAUGAGCUGAGUCAUUUCAAAGUCAACCCAUUCAAUGAAAAGCCAUUCAUCUAUCUUUGAAACGUGCCAAGAUCCACUAUUUGUGGUUGCAUUUAUUAGAAAUGACCAAUUCUAGUCACUCUGAAGCACUCUCCUGUUUUGAUUCAUAAUCAUAUGCUUACUGUUAUCUUAUUUUUGCCCUCAUGUUUAAGGGCGCUUUUCUAGUCCCAAACUCAUUGUGAUAGACGUGUUUUCAAUAAAAAAUGAUCUC